CUAUAUCGAAAGACUUAAAGUAUUCUGUCAGUAAUAAUAAGACUAUUUACGUCGAAAUGAAUAUCUGCAUGGUAUUUAUGCUAAGUGCUUUCAUUCAUCAGUCGAAAUGUAAUCCACUAUAUUUUAUCUAUCAAGAAGCAUGGCCUGUAUCAUUAGUGUGGAAGUGCAGUGGUACACCAAAUUUAAAAGCUCAACGUGUUAAUUUUAUUGAAGAAUCGUCCAAAAUUUAUUAUGAUACAUUAAUGUCUGGAAGAUUUAUUGAAGACAGAAAUUUAGAUUUCACUGUACCACCGAAUAGUAUAUUAAAAUCGCAAACCUAUUUAGAUCUGCUUGAUUUAGUCAUGUAUGCAAAUACCGAACAGCUAGGUAAUCUAAUUGUCAUGAGAAUUAGUUGUGAACUAAUGAAUAAUCUAACCUGGAUUAAGGAGAUAUUCAAUAGACCGUUGUCAAGAAAUACAGAAACAUUAAGAGCUAUACUGGAUAUCAUAUACAGAUUAGGUUUAUGUUUUCGAGAUAUUGAUCCUCACCUGAACUGUCCAGAUGUAUGUCGCAGUAAAACAAGCGCAUUCUGUGAAGAUAUACCACAUGCUGUUGGUUUCUGUGGUACAUAUAUGGACGAAUUAUUACGUAGUACACAAAUGAAUCAUACAGGUAAUCGAGAAGAAUUAAAGAAGAAUUUAAGGAGUUGGCUACUUCGUGUACCAGUUGAACGAAGAUUACCACUGGACUUUUUUCUGCAUUUUAUUGAAAAUAAAAACUUUUUUGACAAAGCAGUUGAAAUACAGUUACGAAGUUCACUGAUAGCCUAUUGUCCGUGUGAAGCUAAAUACAUAUAUGAUAAGCUUUCAAAUACAUGUCUUGAUAUUAAAGAAGAAUAUGGUUGUUAUAGUAGUAGUCAGUGUUCAAACGGUGGGAUGUGUGUACAAAGCUUAAAAAAAUAUAAAUCCCCAUCAGAUUCAGUCUGUAAAUGUCCACCGGCUUUUAAAGGUGAUCAGUGUGAACAUGAAAGAAAUCCAUGUGAAGAUGAAGCUGACUGUGAUCCGUUUCCGUGUGUACGUGAUGCAAAUGAUCUCGACUAUGGGUACCGUUGUUUAUGUCCUGCAACACAUCAGCGUAAAAGUUACGGACAGCCUCAAUGUGUACCACUACCGGCUUGUGGUGAAUACAAUACAAAUAGGCGACAGCUGUGUAAAAAUCAUGGUCAAUGCUUGCAAGAUCCAAAUGAUCCGACAAUGUAUAAAUGUAUUUGUAAAUAUGGUUAUUCUGGUGUGCAUUGUGAAACUGAACCAUUACCAGCUGUUUGGAGCAUAUGGUCAGCAUGGUCGGACUGCGUAUGGCCUGAAGUAGGAGAAGUAUGUCAUAGGAAAGCAUAUCGUCAACAAACACGUACUUGCCUGAUUAACGCCUUCGAUCAAAAAUGCAUUGGUGAAGCUAAAAAAAUUAGAUAUUCUGGAUGUGAUUUAACAGAAUUAGCCUCGAAAUCACACACUAAUCUGUCACAAAUAGGACGCAAACGCCUCAUGGAUGCAUUCAAAUUAUGCGGUUUAUAUGGUCGAGAAUAUGUCACACCAAUAACAGAGUACGAAUUAGGUGAACCAUUAUUGACCAUUGAAGCAUUGGAUGAUUGGAGUACAAUCGGUCUAGAAGAAGCACCUUAUCUAUAUUUACCUGAAUCACUGAAACUUGGUCAACUCCAAUCGGAAAACUGGCCUCAAAGACAGGAUUUCUUAUUUAUCACAGGAUGGAUAUAUUUAUUUAUUUUACAUUUAGGAAUUGUACUUCUGUGGAUUUAUUAUAUACAUCAUUGGAGAACAAGGGAAUUAGUUGAUGAGUGAAAAUUUCCAAAAAAAUUUUUAAAGUUGUAUUUUAUCAUUUUACUACGAGUUACGCCAAAAAAUUGUAAAAUUUAGU